CGAGGACCUGGAUCUAGGCGAAGUGAUUGAAGAUGAGGGAGGUAAAAGAUUUGUAGUUAACGAGGCAGUGGAUAGCAUCAAGGAGAGCUGGCUCAAAGAGAGAACUGUAAUCAUGGUCUUCCAGGAAGAAGCGAGAUUCUUAUCGAGACAAGUGAAAGAGGACCUGGUCAGGGCAUACGAGGAAGGGUGGAUGACACAGAAAAUCUUCAAUCCAGAAACAAGGAGGGGUAGAAUCCGCUUUGAGGGCCAAAACGUUAUCUCGUACGUCGCCAAGGCUAAGGAGGUGGCUAAGUGGUUGCUGAAAAGGGGUGAAGAAAAACUGAAGUUGGGUUCGAAAGAGUACCUAACGAUGUUCAAGCCAUGGAUGCCGCGCCAAGAGAUACGAGAUUUGAGACUGCAAGAGGCAGAGUCCAAAUUCUGGAUCGUGGCCCUGCGUGUACAGCUUGAUGCCUACUACUAUCUGCCGAGUGCAGUCAGGGGCGUGUUCGGGGAGAUACGGGCGGUGCACCCUCAGGAUUUUGACAAGACACGGCCUAAACUGAUGAAUGUCAAGAUAGACAUGCAUCCAGAUACGAGAUUCAACGUGGACGAUGUCCUCGUGAUCGAAUCUCCCAGAGGGGAAAGGUGGACAGUGGAGAUCGCUACGCCAUACACGGACUGGUGCAGAAAGUGUAAAUGGUACUUUCACACGGAGGAGAACUGUCCGAGAUUGAGACAAGAGGAGGGGGGGUGGAAGGAAGGGGGGCAAAGAGUUGGAGGCCAUAGAGAACGGUUCCAGCAACACCUACGAAGCAGGAAUCAACCAGCAGGAGGAGAGUCAGGCGCAGCAGUGGGACAGCAGCACAGAUCGCAAGAAGCUGACAUAUGGGGCCGAUGGGCGUGGUUCAGGCUAGAGGCAGGUGGGGAAGAAUGGGUAAUUAUGACGGUUUACGCUCCAACGGAGGCAGGGGAAAGAGCCAGGUUCUUCACCAACCUGAGUCUAAAUAUCCCAAAGUUAGACAAUCUGCUCAUCGCGGGGGACUGGAACCUGACGUUGGACGAAGCUCUGAAACCGGAAUCAAAAAUUGCAGACAGGAAAGAUGUACGGGCCCUGCUGACACUGGCGGAAGAGUUAAACCUCGCUGACCCCUACAGGAUCCUGUCCCCUGACGGCCCAGGUUACACCUGGCAGUCCCACUUGCAGCGUCAAAGGGGAGGGCAAGGGAGAGGGGUGACCAGGCGAAGACUGAAUUACUUCCUUACCGCCGCCACAAUUCUGGAAAGAUUCACAAGAGUGCAGCAGAUCUCUGAUCCACUGUCUGACCACAAACCGGUGAUGGCGAGCAUCAAACUGCAAAUAAGCAGCGAACGGGGAAGGGGGUUCUUCAGACUGAACUCCCAGAUCUUGGACGACCUUGGUCUCCGGGACUGGGUAGGGCAGCAUAUGAGGGAUUGGGCGAGGGCCAGACACCUGUUCCAGUCCGCAGAGGACUGGGCGGAUGGAGGCAUUGCCAUUGUGUCAGGAAUGCUUGAUGUCUGUUCCAGGAUCAUGGCCAAGGCCAGGAACCAAAAAGAAGCGGAGUGCAAGCGGAAGGUGGAGGAGGCGGAGGCGAGAAUGGAGGAACACCCAAUCUCAGCUCUCACUUGGGCUGCUGAGAGGGAGAGGAGGUUAGCAGUGUGGGAGGAUCUGCAAAUGGAGAAGGAGAGACGGUGGACCGACUUGUUGAAAGAAAAAGGCAUUGAAACAAGCAACAAGAUGAAUAAAGAAACGUUUCAGAGGCUCCUACCCCGACGCUCGAUGCAGCAAAUGGUUGAAUUGAAGCACCCUUUCAACGAAACAGCGCCAACGGCCUCAACAGCUUCAGGGAUGCUAGAGUACGCCAAGUUGUACUAUGAGGACAUCCUUACCACGCGCAGACCGCAAGAUGGUGUGCACACCGACCUCACUGAAGUGUCUGAUUUCUGGGAAGACACCCAAGUGAGGAUACCUCAGGCAGCAAGACUGGACCUAGACAGGCCUCUCACCUUGGAGGAAACCACCCAAACGCUAAAAUCUAUGGCGAGGGGUAAGUCCCCAGGGAUAGAUGGGUUAACUGUGGAGUUCUACGUGAAGUGCUGGGAAGAGAUAGGACCACCGCUGGUGGAUCUGAACAAUGGGGUACUAUCAGGAGGAAGGCUGGGGGAGAGGAUGACCCAUGAGGUAAUCUCGGUCCUUUUCAAGAAAGGGGAUAAGGCGGAGGUGCGCAACUGGCGUCCGGUUUCCUUGUUGAACGUAUCGUACAAAAUUCUGGCCAAAUCCUUGGCCAGAAGGUUGGGCCGAUACUUACUCGAGCUGGUGGAAAACGAUCAAGGCGCGUUUGUCCAAGGGCGGUCCAUCUUCAACAACAUUGUCACCACCAUCGAAGUUCUGGAGGUAAUACAAGCGGAGAACCUAGACACAACAGUCCUCCUACUCGACUUGGAAAAGGCGUAUGAUAAGGAAAGCAGAUUGUGGGCACAAAGGAGAGUUAUAAUCGAUGAACAUGGACGAACGAAAGGUAUUUUGGUUAGGAGAAAAAGCGGACUUAGUGGAGGAAGAGGAGGAGGAGAGGAGAAGGAGGAGAAAAACGAGAAAAAGGAGGAAGAGGAGGAGGAGGAGGAGAAAGAGCAGGAUAACGAGCGAGCUAUGAUAAAAAAAAGAAAGGUAUUCUGGUUAGGGGGAAUAAAUGACUUAGUGGGAAAAGAGGACUUAGUGGGGGACGAGAAGAGGAGGAGGAAGAGGAGGGGAAGAGGAGGAGGAAGAGGAGGCGGAGAACUAUAAAGAACGUAAGAGAAGGAUCAUGGACGAGCUAUGAUCGAAAACAAGGGUAAUCAAGUAUGAUUCAUAAG